AUGCGGAGCGGAUGUGCGUUAGCCCGCGCCCUGGUGCUGGCCAGCCUCUGGUUGGCAGUGGCCGGACGCCCCCUGGCUCUUUCUGACCAGGGGCCACACUUGUAUUACGGGUGGGACCAGCCCAUCCGCCUGCGGCACCUGUACGCCGCGGGCCCCUACGGCUUCUCCAACUGUUUCCUGCGCAUCCGCACCGACGGCGCCGUGGACUGCGAGGAGAAGCAGAGCGAGCACAGUUUGCUGGAGAUCAGGGCGGUCGCCCUGGAGACUGUGGCCAUCAAGGACGUACACAGCGUCCGGUACCUCUGCAUGGGCGCCGACGGCAGGAUACAGGGACUGGCCCGGUACUCCGAGGAAGACUGCACGUUCAAGGAGGAGAUCAGCUACGACGGGUACAACGUGUACCGGUCCCAGAAGUACCACCUUCCCGUGGUGCUGAGCAGCGCCAAGCAGAGGCAGCUGUACCAGAGCAAGGGCGUGGUGCCCCUGUCCUACUUCCUGCCCAUGCUGCCCAUGGCCCCGGCGGAGACCAGGGACCACCUGGAGUCUGACGUGUUCUCUUUGCCCCUGGAAACGGACAGCAUGGACCCGUUUGGGAUGGCCAGCGAGGUGGGUCUGCUGGAGAGCCCCAGCUUCCAGAAGUGA